CGCCUUUGUGUUUUUUAAUACUGGCAGUAUUUUUUCUAGCUGUCAACAAUCUACUUUGUCUAUAGUCUCUUUUUCUUCCGGUUGUCAAGAUGGGUAUCGACAUCAACCAUAAACACGACAGGAAAGUUAGGCGCACCGAAGUCAAGUCUCAGGAUGUGUACCUGAGAUUACUUGUAAAACUAUACAGGUACUUGGCUCGCCGUACGAACUCUAAGUUCAACACGAUCAUUCUUCGUAGGCUGUUCAUGAGCCGUAUCAACCGACCUCCACUAUCGUUGUCUCGGUUGGCCCGUCACAUGAAGAAGCCUACUCGCGAGGGCAUGAUUGCCGUCGUGGUAGGAACCAUCACCAAUGAUGUGAGGCUGUACACGGUGCCCAAGAUGUCAGUCGCUGCUCUGCACGUCACCGAGAAGGCCCGUGCCCGCAUCUUGGCCGCUGGAGGAGAGAUCCUGACAUUCGAUCAGCUGGCUCUGCGCGCCCCGACUGGCGCCAAGACCGUUCUGCUGCAGGGACGCCGUAACGCCCGUGAGGCCGUCCGUCACUUCGGCCCUGCUCCUGGAGCACCUCGCUCGCACACUAAGCCUUACGUGCGCACCAAGGGACACGAGCGCGCACGGCCACGCCGUCGCUCUAACGUGUAAUCUUUAAAUAUAAGGACUACAAAUCUAA